GGGGGAGCACGGCCGUUCAUGGGAACUCCGAGGCCGGGCAGCGCAGAGGCGGAGCGAAGGGCCUGGCCUGGCGGCGAGGUGGAGGGUGAGGAGCUGGCAGAUGGGGGGCUCUGGGAGGAAAACGGAGCAGCAGGAGUCGGAUUUCAGCCCGGCUUGGAGGCUCGCCACGACUCACUGAGCGCCGGCCGGAGUGAGAGCUGCCUUUGUUCCACUUGGGCUGCGAGCCGUGAGGGAGAAAGCCGCCGCCGCCGCCGCUUCCAUGCCAGGAGCUGAACCCGGCGUCUGGCCGUGAAGAGCGACUUGCCCAAAAUGCCCCCCAACCAUUCCCGGCGGCCCUGGACUUCGCUGCUCCUGUGUCCCUUGCUCCCUGCUCUUCUAGCGGCGCAGGUCCUAGAAGAAAGAGGGUCCAAGGAGCACCUCGAUCUCACUGAGCUCAUAGGAGUGCCACUUCCACCUUCUGUCUCCUUUAUUACUGGCUAUGGAGGGUUUCCAGCAUACAGUUUUGGACUGGACGCUAACAUUGGCCGUCUGACAAGGAUGCUGAUACCUCAGCCAUUCUACAGAGAUUUUGCUAUCACUGUUACAGUCAAACCAAACAGCGACCGUGGAGGUGUAUUGUUUGCUAUAACUGAUGCCUUUCAGAAGACAAUUUACUUGGGAACCAGACUAUCGCCUGUGGAGGAUAGCACCCAGAGAAUAAUUGUAUACUACACUGAACCAGGUUCUCACAUAUCCCGAGAGGCUGCAUCAUUUAAAGUCCCAGUGAUGACCAACAAAUGGAAUCGCUUUACUAUAGCUGUACAGGGGAAUGACAUUGUUUUGUUUAUGGACUGUGAAGAAUAUCACAGGGUGCAGUUUCAGAGAUCAGCUCAGGCCCUGUUAUUUGAAUCCAGCUCCGGUAUAUUUGUUGGGAAUGCUGGAGCCACAGGACUGGAAAGAUUUACUGGCUCCAUCCAGCAGCUAACAAUCAAACCGGAUCCAAGGGCUACUGAGGACCAGUGUGAGGAAGAUGACCCAGAUGCUUCAGGAGAAAGCAGCGGCCACAACACCAUUCAGGAACAGGAGGGUAUCCCUGAGACACAAGAAAUCAUUCGGCCCUCACAAGCCCCACAAUUGUUACGGAAUUUAUCUGAAGAAACUACUGCAGGACCAGUUGGAGCACCACCCACCAUGCCACCUCAUUCUGAAGAGAUGGAUUUCUCAGGACAUCAUCUCUUAGAAGAAACAUUGGGCCCAACUAAAGUCAAAGAGCAAGGUUUAACCACUACAGAAAUUAGUAAACAGGAAAAUGAAUCUACCACUAUAGCUCAGGAAAUAUUAAAAACAACUCCUGAACCUUUUGAUGGUGUUCUGCAAGUUACAGGCAGAGAAAAGGGCCAAAAAGGUGAAAAAGGUCAAAAGGGAAAGGAAGGACCAUCAGGAGGACCAGGAGAAGCAGGACUGGAACAAGCACAACCUGGCACUAGAGGACCACCUGGGCUUCCUGGGAAACCUGGACAGGAUGGUAAACUUGGCAUUCCUGGCAAGGAUGGAUUACCAGGUAAACCAGGGCCUCAGGGCCCUCCAGGAAUAAAGGGGGAUCCUGGUCUUACAGGAGAAAAAGGAGAAAAGGGAGAUGCUGGCAUUGGAUUACCAGGCCCCCCUGGACUUCCAGGGCCUCCUGGACUACCUGCUCCAUCGAGGGGAUUUAAAAGAAUGGAAAUGGAAGGCUCUGGAUCUGGGGACUUUGAUAGAGAUGUAGGACUUCCUAGAGGUGCACCUGGACCUCCAGGUCUUCCAGGUUUGCCUGGUGUGCCAGGAGUGCCAGCACCAGAUUCAAAUGCAGGAGUCCCUGGGUUGCCAGGAGAAAAUGGGAAAGAUGGAGCAGCUGGGGAACCGGGUCCUCGUGGUCCUCCUGGUCGUCCUGGUCAAGAUGGAUUGGUUGGCUCUGCAGGAAUGAGGGGAGAAAAAGGCGAUCAAGGUCUUCAGGGAUCAGCUGGACCAAAGGGAGACACUGGAGAUACUGGAUCACCAGGCCCCAAAGGGCAGGCAGGAGCUGAUGGGAAGCCUGGGAAACUAGGACCCCCAGGACCCCCGGGACCUCCAGGACCAAAUAGCUCAGGCUAUGGAUUUGGAUUUGAGGAUAUGGAGGGCUCGGGCAUCAUUGGUUUAUCAAGAGGUCUCGGAACCCCAGCAUCAAGGGGGCCAAGUGGUCCAGUGGGAGAGACUGGUUUACAAGGACCAAUGGGACCAAAGGGAGAAAAAGGUGACAAUGGACUACUGGGUGUCCCUGCUUUAAAGGGAGAACAAGGCCCAGAAGGAAGGCCUGGAUUUCCUGGUGUUGCUGGGCGCCCUGGAGAGGCAGGGGCAAAAGGAGAUAAGGGUGACCCAGGACCCAAGGGUGAACCAGGACAAGAUGGUGCCAGCGUUGUGGGGCCACAAGGGCCACCUGGACCACCAGGUCCCAUUAUAACCAUUCCUAUGUCACUCUUCAAUGCUUCAGAUGAAAGUUUUAACGUUGCAGGAAUCAAGGGACUUGUUGGGCCUCCAGGUCCAGAUGGUAAGCCUGGCCUGCCAGGAUUUCCUGGCCCCAGGGGACCAAAAGGAGACAUUGGGCUACCUGGUUUACUAGGGCAAAAGGGAAAGCAGGGUGAAAAAGGUGAGCCAGGAGCUAUCUUUGCUUCAACGGAAUCAUUAACAGAACUGAUAAGAAGACCCGGAGAGAAGGGAGAACCUGGAGCGAUGGGUCUAGCUGGACCAAUGGGACCAACUGGACCUCCAGGACCUAAAGGAGAACUUGGUUUCCCUGGCUGGCCUGGACGUCCCGGCCUGAAUGGACUAAAAGGCAUAAAAGGUGAACGGGGUGUAACAUUAUAUGGCCCCCCUGGUUUGCGUGGAUUACCUGGCCCACCUGGACCCCCAGGCCAUGUAGUGUACAUUAAAGGAACAGUUUUCCCAAUUUCUCCCAGGCCCCACUGCAAAACAACAGUAGGCACUGCUUCCCCUGGAAACCAAGAAGUGGCUGAUGGUUCCUGGACUGAAAGUGGUCCACUGGGCAUCAAAGGUGAAAAAGGAGACAGAGGUCCAUCAGGGCCACCAGGUCCUCCUCUGCCAUCAGCGUAUUUCAGCCAGUUAAACAUCAUGAAGGGUGAGAAAGGAGAAACUGGCCUUAAAGGAGAAAAAGGAGAACCAAAUGGAGGAUUUUUUAUGUCAGGACCUCCUGGACUGCCUGGAAGACCAGGACCAGUGGGACCAAAAGGAGAUACAGUUGUUGGGCCUAGAGGCCCUCCAGGGGUACCUGGAUUACCUGGUCCUCCAGGGUUUGGACCAGUUGGGCCUCCUGGUCCCCCAGGGCCACCAGGACUGCCAGGGCCUCCAGCAAUUUAUGGCUCAGCAGCAGCUGUGCCAGGCCCACCAGGGCCUCCUGGAGAACCUGGAUUACCAGGGACCAGGAACUUGGUCACAAGACUUAGAAAUGUUGACUCUAUGCUACAAAAUGUUCACUUAGUGUCAGAAGGCACAUUGAUCUAUCUUAGUGAAACCAGUGAGGUAUUUAUCCGUACUCAAGGUGGAUGGAAAAAACUGCAGCUUGGUGAACUGGUUCCCAUCCCUGCUGACAGUCCCCCACCUCCAGCAAUUUCAAGCCUAGGAUUUCAACCCCUUCCAGCACCAAUUCCAGCUUCAAGUACUGACAGUGGAAGGCCAAGCCUUCAUCUGGUGGCUUUGAACUCUCCAUUUUCUGGUGACAUGCGAGCUGACUACCAGUGCUUUCAACAAGCUCGGGCUGCUGGGUUAAUCUCAACGUACAGAGCUUUUGUGUCUUCACAUCUGCAAGAUCUCUUGACAGUUGUCAGGAAAGCAGACCGGUAUCAUUUGCCCAUAGUUAAUCUUAAGGGAGAAACAUUGUUUAAUAAUUGGGAGUCAAUCUUUUCUGGCAAUGGGGCACAGUUUGACCUCCGGAUUCCAAUAUACUCUUUUGACGGUAGGAAUGUCAUGACAAAUCCAGCAUGGCCUCAAAAAGUCAUCUGGCAUGGUUCGAGUCCACACGGAAUAAGACUAAUUAGCAACUAUUGCGAAGCCUGGAGGACAGCAGAUCUGGCGGUUAUGGGACAAGCCUCACCCCUGAAGUCUGGGAAGCUCUUGGAUCAAAAAGCAUAUAGCUGUAGCAACAGGUUUAUCACUCUUUGUAUUGAAAACAGUUCUAUCUCAGACAUAUGAAGGAAACAAAUUGCCUCUUUUUUCCCCACAUAAACAUUUUAUUACAAAAAUUUUGCCACUGAAAUGCAAUUUUAAAAUUAUGUAAAUAGUUAUCCUUGCAUUCUUUAAAAAAUCAUAACCAAAGAAAGCAUACCUCAGUGCAGAAUCAUAUUCUACAAUGAUGAAAUUCAUUCUUCUGAAAUAUUUAAACCUCAUGCAGAAACUGUGUAGGAGACCAGCUGGGCUGAGCCACUGCACAAGUGCCAGGGCACUACAGGACUGAUCCCCUUUAUAAGCCUGCUUGGGGGUUGUUGCUAAAACAUUUGAUGGGGAUAUCAAGUAUCGUAUGCAAGCGAAGGGGAUCACACUUACAUUGUAUGUUGUUCCAGUGGGCCUAAAACAAAUAGUCUCCAGAGCAGAAGAGAUGUAGUUGCUACUUUAGCCUGUAAGGUUCCACAAACCUUUCUGCUGGGUAAAAACAGUUGAACUUCAGUGGCUUAUUGGCUUCAUAUUCUAUUUGCAUACAAACCCUAAAUCAGGGUGCAAAGAGCUAUUUCAGGUAGACCCUGUGUAUUUUGCCUUUUUCUUUCUUUUGCAUGCCACAAUACUACACAGAAAAAUGGAAAUGGACUGCCUUCAAGUCAAUCGCGACUUAUGGCUACCCUAGGAAUAGGGUUUUCCUGGUAAGCAGUAUUCAGAGGGGAUUUACCAUUGCCUCCCUCUGAGGCUAGUCCUCCCCAGCUGCCUGGGGAGGACUAGCUUGCCACAGCUGCACAAGCCAGCCCCUUCCUUGUCCGCAACUGCCAGAUGGGGGGGCAACUGGGCUCCUUGGGACUAUGCCGCUUGCCCACGGCUGCACAGGUGACAGGGCACGUAACUCCUCAGCCACUCACUGUGGGGUGAUCUUUAGCUGGCCCUUGACACCCAGGAGACAUGAGCGGGGAUUUGAACUCACAGACUCUGGCCUUCGAGCCAGGCUGUCUUCCCCACUGUGCUGUACUACUACACAGAAAACUGAUUCUUAAAUACCCCCUCAGUUUCAAAAUCAGGUUGCUAUACAUCAUAGGAAACUGCUAUUUGAGAAGCACAAGUUCUGAUCCCUCUUCCAUUUAUGGAACUAGCUGCAUAGUUCUUAGGGCCAGAUUUGAGAAACUAGAAUCCUACAAAGCCAUUUCCCUAAAAUCUUCCUUUAAGUAGGAAACAAGUUUGAAUGUAAUUGACCUUGGAUUAAACCAUCUUCCCCUCACCCAUCUUUGCAUGUGGGCAGUACAAGGAAGGUGAAUUUCACUCAUAUGGAAAUGGAAUCAAAUGCAUAUUUUGGUGCUAUUGUGGUCUAGAAAAACCCAGACAAUGCUGAAAGAUCACUCUAAUAAUGUUAAUAGCUGAUACCCAAAGGGCACAUAGAGCACUUACAUGCAUCAUGGGACUUCUGAAAUCUACAGCCUUCCAAUAGUAGUCUUCCCUGCAAAAUCCAAGGGGAACUUCAGGAGUGGCAUCUAAUGCAACAUGAAGAAUUACAGUUUGGAAAAAGAAAACAGGGAAUCCCUGAUGUGGAUGUAGAAUCAUUUUGAAUCCCAACCAAUAUGUAAUACUGUGCAAAACUGUCCUCAGUUAAUUUACUUGCAGGUGCAGCAUAAUGUGUUUAUGUAUCCCAUUGCAGCUUAGAGAAAGCUGCUUACUGCAACAAGAAUUGUAGAACGAAGACAGGGAGAUGUCAUAUUUUCAUUCAGAUAGAUACUGAAUUAUUAUCCCACGUAAGUGAAAUGCAGAUUUGCUUUUUUCUCUCUCCUCACCUCCUUCAGUUGUCCAUUAGAACUAAUUUGUAGUUUGUAGGACUAGUUGGUGAAUCACUUGAUGACCUCACAGAGACAGUAUUGCCUUGGUGCUGUAGACAUUUUGUCUCUCUGUAUUGUUGCACAGUAUAUUAUAAGAAGCUUUACACUUAUAAUUGUCGUAACACUAUAACAGCAGGCAAUAAUAGCUAUUUUGAAACAUACACUCAUAGCUCUACUUUAUAAUGAUCUCUAUGACUUGUUUUCCAUAAAACCAGUUAUUUAAUAGCUAUUUGUAAAUCAAAAGCUGUUUUCUUUAAGUGUCCUUAUCAUUAUAACCAAUGUUUUUUUUAUGAUGUAAAAAUGUGAAAUCUAGUUCUAUUUUU